AUGGGGGUCAUUGACGGCAUCAAGGACACCAUGUCCAAGGCGGUGUUCACUCCUUCGACCCUGCUGUCUGCACGAGGCGCCCUGCACAUGGCUCAGAUCCUCCUGUGUCUGGUCACAUUUGUCCUGGCUGCUGUCAGAGGAGGGAGCAGCCAUACCUACUGGAACUAUGCAAUGUUCACCUGGGCCUUCUGCUUCAUCAUGACCCUCGUCAUCACCAUCAUUGAAAUGAUGAAGCUCGACAUCGUCCUCGACCUGUUUUGUAUGGACUGGCCGGACUUCGCCACAGGGAUGGCCAUGUGCUCCGCACUCAUGACCGUUUCUGUUGCUGUCAUGUACGCCAACUUCUACGCCUGUGCCACGUGCGUGUACGGGUGGGUGGUGACUGCGUUCGCUUGCUUGUGCGGUUUGGUCUAUGUCCUUGAAGUAGUGAAGGACAAAUGUCUGGAUAAGAAGACGGGGACAUACCUGGCUGCUCUGCCUGGGUUCUUUAAAUGUAUGGAGGCCUUUGUGAGCUGCAUCAUCUUCAUAUCACUGACUGGUUACAGAGACAGUAUAGCUCUGAUCCUGUGCGUCGUGGCAUAUGUCAUUCCCUUCCCCAUUCUCCCUGUAAUCAUAGCCACCAACAUCCUCAAGAAACUGAAGAAACGUUUGCCUUUUAACUUGGACAGGUUUGUGUUUAUAUUUCUGGUGAUCUCUGUGGUGUUGUACAUCUUCACCGCGAUAAUGUGGCCUAUUUUCAUGUUCAGGAACAAUCCACGUCCCAGCGACUGUCCACCCAGCUACUGUGUCUGGGCCAUUCAGUUCAUGGUUGCGUUCAUGACCUAUGUGAAUCUGAUCCUCUUCUCACUGGACCUCGUUUUUACACUGCUCGGCAUCUGCGGCUUCCGACGCACAUGA